AUGAAGGACUUCAAAUAUUUUUCCGAGCAGCAAACACUGGACGCUGCCAUUCACGGCCGGAAAAGGCAGAUUCAGAAUAAGCAUGUUCAUGGCGUAGUGAUAUCUUUACUUCUUCUCGCGACAGCGUUCUUCUCAUUUAUGCGUCCAAAGUCUGUGAGCCUCCGAGAGAAUGAUAUUGUUCAUGAGAACAAUUACGCGACACCAUUUAGCUGGGAAAAGAUUGUUCCCUCAUCAAGUCUUGAAUAUCAUGACUGUUUUGAUGGCUACCAAUGUGCAAGACUUGAAUUACCGAUGGACUACCAUCGUACGGACGGUCGUGGCCGUAAAGUCGCCAUUGCCAUUGCUCGUCUACCAGCGAAGGUGCCUGUCACGGAUCCUCGAUACGGUGGUGCAGUAUUAAUAAACCCAGGAGGACCCGGUGGCUCUGGAGUUGCGCAGGCCCUUUAUACGGGUCGCAAUCUGCAGAUAAUAGUGGACGCAGACAUUGAUCCAUCAACUGCAGACGAAAGCGAUACUAGCUCGCUUUACUUUGACAUAAUUGGCUUUGAUCCCCGAGGUGUCAACAAUACCACGCCGCAGUUCAGCUGCUUUCCCAGUCUCUCUUCACAGCUCAAUUUUGAAUUGCAAGCCGAAGCCGAAGGAAUGCUAGGCAGCUCCGCGGAAUCUUUCAUGCAAAAUUGGCAAAGAACAGUCGCUCUGGGUCAAAGUUGCUCCGAGCAACUGCUGGCAAGAGUUGAUCCUGCCGGUGACGAAGCCCUAGGCGAACAUGUGAACACAAUGCCUGUGGCUCGUGACAUGAUUGAAAUCACCGAAAGGCAUGCGGAGUGGCGUGAAAAGCAGGGUAUGAAACAGCAGCAAGAGGAGGACGAGGCCAUAGGCUAUGAUAGCAAACAGAACAUUGUUGCUCGUACACGAUGGAAUCGUGGAAACGAGAAGUUGCUCUACUGGGGUCGAUCAUACGGCACUGUUUUAGGCGCCACUUUUGCGGCCGCAUACCCAGAUCGUAUUUCCAGAGCAGUCUUGGACGGUGUGGUUGAUUUGGAUAGUUACUAUGAUGGCGCAGCAGAGUCGAGCAGUAUUACUGACGCCGACAUUAUCUUUGACCGUUUUUUCGAGUACUGCCAUGCAGCUGGCCUAGAGGGAUGCCCAUUCUAUGUGCCGGGCGGUCCAUCUGAAAUCAAAUCGGCCUACGAUGCCCUUGAAAACCAGAUCCGAAACAAAUCCGUACCAGUGGCAGCAUCCAGCACUCGGGGGCCCGAGGUCAUUACUUGGACCGAUUUAAAGAUUAUCCAGCGUAUCUCUGUGUAUCAGCCGCUACUGGUAUUUCCAGUCUUCGCGCAAUUUCUUGCGGAUCUCAAAUUAGGCGAUGGCUCAUCAAUGGCUGCCUUUAAGCAGCGCAAUCGCCAAAUUUCUUGCCUCUCCGAGGAGUGUGUUACGGCUGGUUUGUGGUCGGAACAGUGCACUGGCUCCGGGACUAGUGAGGAUGCUUCCAGCCAGGCAAUUCUCUGCAGUGAUGCGAGGUAUAUGACUUCUGUUAGCAACGAAGAGUUCAAAGGCACCUGGGACGGGCUAGUGAAGGAUAGUAAAACUAUCGGUGAUUAUUGGGCCAGUAUACACUUAACCUGUGCUGGAUGGAUACCACAAGCCAAAUGGCGACUUGAAGGUCCGUAUACGGCUAAUACCUCGCAUCCUCUUUUGUUCGUAAGCACCAGUCUAGACCCAGUCACACCACUUGAAAAUGCGAAGAAGAUGUCUAGGAGCUUUCCCGGAUCCGUCGUUCUCCAACAAGGUUCCGAAGGACAUACAACGGGAUCCAGUCCGUCACUCUGUAUCGCCAAGGCUAUCCGUAAAUACUUUCAGACUGGACAGUUGCCAGCAAGCGAUGCCUUUUGCCCUGGUGACCUGAAGCCCUUACUAGGCGUCCCAGAAGAAUCUGUGACGAUGCUGACAAAAAUAAACUCAAUGGAUCAACCUAUAUUUCAAGCUCUGAUUGAUGAUGUAUCCACAUUUGGGGCUGCAAGGUCACUCGGGUCAGCAUAUUCAGAAAGAUGGGAGACAGUCAAAUGA